AUGCCGCCUACUUUGGCUGCCGCUAGUCCUCGCAGCUACCUUCACGAUCGGGUUCAGCGGCAGUAUCUGGAGGUGCUUCCAUCACGCUGGCGUGCCGUUCUCUCGCGGCUGGCGAAAAACACUCAACUGCGGCAGAAACUCGACGGUGUCAUCGACAGCAAUCUCCUGUCCAACAUACAGAAUGACUUUGACCUCAUCCAUGCAUUAUUGGAGGAGGAGCACCGCAUCUACCGAGAGGGUAUGAUUUGCCUUUGUUCUUUAUCAUCGAAUAGAGAAGCCGAGACGGGACGAUUGGCUGCCUCUCGUCAGCUCAUGCAGGGGAUGCUCGCUUGCAUUGCCGUGAAGGAGCUGCUCAUUGCACACUGGAAGGGCGCGCCCGUGGACACUUCCCCCAACACACUGCGUGUCUACUGCCAUGCGUGUAUUUCCAACCCACACGUGUCCGCGACGAACGUUGAGCGGCUUUUGGCCCUCUACACGGUGCCCCGAUGA